UGUUAAUACUUCAUACGCGACAAUUAUACAUAUAAAGGUUGAUAAAAUAUAAAAUGUCUAGCAACGUGAUAUGCAUUUGGUGCGAGGUCUGCAGCGGUUUAGUAAUUUGUCAUUGUCGAAUGUGCGUUCAAAACGGCAAAGUAAUUGGAAAUUGGAUUCGCCGAGAAAUGUGCUGCGUAAUACCUUUUUUAUGAGCUACAAAUGUUCCUUCAGUCGCAAUAAAUUCGCAGAAAGGUGAAGUAAAUUCAUGAAAUGUAAUUGGAAAAAAUUUGGUUUCUAGAUUCCUCUUAUUCCUUCGGCACUUAAAGGUAUUUAAGGAAAUAACACCUCUUCCUCUAUUAUAUAUGUGCAUGCACACAUAUAUAUAUUACCAUAGUACUUAAUUGCGCUCGAUUAGGUCAAUUACAAGGCUGCGAUCGAUCGGCGAAAAAGAAUUAUUAACUUAUUACGUUAAAUAACAAAUGCCAUUCUACAUUAUAAAUUGCACGUUGCAUUACAAAUAUAUAAAUUACCGAUAUUACGAACGUAUAAAUAUGCAAAUAUAUAAAUUACAUUUAAUUAAUAAAAAUUGAAUGUAAAGAAACGGGAAUUUUAUGUUGGAAUAGGUGGCCCUUUAAUCGAGCGUAGCAUGUGAUUACGAAUUCACUUUAUACUUCACACAUACACAUCAGCGGCGUGCGCUGGCGCGUGGAAUGGUGAGUGGCAUGGUGGGCUCGAGGAGGGGAUAACGCGCGGACGAUCGCGAUGACGGAGGUUUCGCGCGACAGUGUACAGCGAGCUGCUGAUACGCGAGUCUCGCCUCGUGGUGUGUGCUCCGUUUUCAAAAUUGCGGCGGCCACGUGCUUUUGCACUCCUACGGGACUCCCGCCUUGCACCAUCGCCGCCGUAGGCAUUGCGGGAUCGCGUGACGCUCGUUCGUAAAUCGUAUCGUGCAUCUUGUUUCAUUGCAAUUCAAAUUCACGAUUGUCGUCGACAUUUACAAAGCUUAUUCCUCAAUCCUGCGCGGUAUCGCGACACUGCCGUUCUGCCAAAAAAAAAGAAAAGAAAAAGUCGGAGCUUGCAAGAUAUUCGCGCGAGUGCGAUAUUUGUGAAUAGUGUUGUUCCUGAGGCGGCUACGCUUAACAAAGUUCGGCUGCGACGUUACGAAAAAGAUGAUUAGUACACGUGCAAUUAAUCGGUGUGAAUUAACUCCGAAUUAACAGCAUGUAACGACGACGCGGUUGAACUAGUCAUGGAAAACAGAUCGUCGAGAGAAGUCGGCGACGCGACGGUGAGAACGCAGAGUGUCGCGGUGUCACGCACUUUUCACGAAAUUCAGUUAAUUCCUUAAUCGCCCGUUUAAUUAUUUACGUGAAUGUGAUAUAUUUGUUCGGCAUAUAUUUGUGAGUGCUUGGAGCACAGUAAAAGUGCCUCGUGUGGUCUGCUUAAAAAAUCGGUGCGUGCAAAACGCCGGGGCGCGUCGCAACGUCGGAUCAUCCCGAGGGAUCAUCUAGAGCUCUGGCCGACGGGAGAUGUUACGAAAGUGCAAGUUGCAGCAACGAGACAGCAACUGCCGACCGCCCGAUAUACACAGAUAGCGCAGACAACUGUGAAGAGUCGCACGGAAGAUUUAGAUCGAAAUUGAAAUACGGAGAAUCUAGUGGCAGGUCCGAAAAUGAGUGCAAUGACGACGAAAAGCCAAAGAACUUUAGAAAGAGAGUAACAGACGAAUUCUUUGAGCUGCCGAACGUGACUGACGAUCAGUUAACAGUAAGUCAUGGUGGAAGAUUUCGAAGAGCGGAGAGUUUCUUGAAGAGAGUGUUAAAGGAAAAUGUAGGCGAGAGAUGCGACAGAUUGUUGAGGACUAUUAAAGAAGGUCAAUCGUUAUUAAAGAAAAAUACCCAGCGGAAUCCAAGUUUGAAGAAGGAUGUUCAGGAAGAGUCUUUGAUAUCGAGGAAAAAUAUUCUAGAGAAACCAUUAUUGGACAAUACAAACAAUCAGCAGAAUUUAAUAUUAGAGGGGGAAGAUAUAAGAAGAGAUUUAAAAGAAAAUAUUAAGGAGGCUCCAUUGUUUCACGAAAAGAAUACUCAAAGGAAAGCUAAUAGAAAGCGUCAGAGUCCAGAGGUAGUGAAUGACGUAUGGCAAAGUCCACGAUUGCCGAGGAGAGAUAUUGAGGACAGCCCAUUAUUGAUAAAAAAGAAUUCUCCAAAAGGGGAGGUGUUGGCCAAAAGGGAAGACUUAUUAGCCGGAACACAUGAUCAGGAGAGUGCAACGUUAGUGAAGACAUUGGUGAAGACGGAUAAUCACAGCAGUUCUUCAUUGAAGAAAGAGGGGACCAAUACAAACGUAAAUAAAAGUCUUCUGUUGCCAAAGAAGAAUGCGGAAGAAUAUUUGUUGACAAAGGAAGAUCUUGAAAAACAAUUGACGCAAAAAGGCAUUGAAAAAGAUUCAGCGUCAUCGAGGAAGAAUAAAGCUAAUGAGAUCUCUCAAUUGAUAACGAAUAGUAUUGGAGAAACUGAAUUAUUCUUAAAGAAGUACGUUCCAAAGAGAGACUCGUCGCUGACAAGAAGUAAUGCUGGAAAGAAUCCACGUUUAAUAAAUAAAAAUGCGGAUGACAAUUUAUUAUUAACAGAAAAGAAUACCUCGAUUGAUCCACUAAUGCAAUUGACGAUAAAAGACUUUCGAAAGAACUUAGAAUUGUCGAAAAGUGUCUUUGAAGAAAACGUAUGUACAUUAGAGAAAGAUUUUGAGAAACCUUCGCAACUAACAAUCAAAAGUUCCUUAUUGUCGCAGCGAACAAACAUUCCGAAUGAUCCACAGUUACGAUUAGCAGAAAGAAUCAUCCAUGAUGAUUCUUUAUUAACGGAGAAUCUUAUUUCUUUAGCUGAAAAAGAGAAAGACAUUCCUGUAGUUCCACAAUUAAUAGAUAGGGACAGCCGAGAAAAUUUUUCGUUAACGAAAGAUCCUUAUUCUCCCGCUAGGAAAGUCAGUUUUUCAGCUAAGCAAGACAUUGCUUCCGAAAAGGAGAAAGACAUUCCCGAUGAAAAUAUAUUAUCGCAAUUAAAUGAAAACAUUGUCCAGAAUAGUUUAUCUUUAACGAAAAAGCUUUGCUCCCCAAGAGAAGAAAAUAUUUCUUCAACUAACAAGGAAGAAGAACUAUCGCAACCAACGAGAGAGAACAUCUGGGACAAUCCUUCAAUAAAAAAUAACCCGUGUUUAACUGUUGAUGAUCGAGCAGCAUUCAUAUCUUCUUUAAAACUUAAACAAGUUAAGAGCGAUUCAAUUAAUCUCUCCGAUCAAUCAUCUGUUAUUCACAGACGCUGUCUCUUGAAGGACACUCAACAAGCUGUUCAGAGGUCUGAGAAGAAAGUGCGAAAAGGAAGUGGUAGUGUCGGCAAAGUGAAGCGAUCGCCACCGCCGGAGGAGAACUGGUCGGGUCAAGAGUCAACGAGAUCCGAUAGCAGCGGGUCAGCCGAUAAAUACGAGUCGGUCGUGACAUGUAAACUUAUGGUUUCAAAUCGCUAUGCGGAACGUCAGUCGAUCGCGAAACCACCCGAAGAGCAUAUUAAGAUCUUCCAGAUUUCACCUUGUUCUGAGCAGCUAAUAGAUAACUCCGGAAAAGUUUCAUUAACUGACUCUGUCGCAGGAUCCGACGGAAGUGCGUCAUGUCCGAAUUUUGAUAAAGAUUAUCAGAAGAAGCCGAAGAAUCCGGUAACUGAAGUAAAAGAGUUUGAUGAGAGCCUGAAAUGUCGUAUCAUCAAAGUGCAGGAGUCCGAAGAUACGUUGAAGAAACCAAUCAUUGAGAUAAAAGAAUCUGGAGGAACCUCGACGAAUCAAGUUACCGAAGUAGAUAUUAAUAACUUGCUUACUUUGAAGAUAAUUAAUAAUUUUGAAGCUCCACAUCAUCAACGAUUAAUUCAAAGAGAUUCACAAAAUCCCUUUGAUCGUAGAAGUCAAGAAUUUCAUAAUCUUGUAGACCAACAAUUACCAUUAAUAGUAUAUUCUAAGAAAGACCCCAAAAAAGGAACCGUCUUGAAGAAUUCACUUCACAACAUAGAUUCGAGGAAAAAGGCAAAGAUAAAAGAUCCCGAAAAAAAUAAUAAAAACCCAUCCACGAAGAAAUAUACCAACAAUUCGUCUACAUCGAAGAUAGUCGGUAAUCUUGAAGCUUUAAAUAACCAACGAUUGAUUCAGAAAUUUUCAUCAGAUCAAUUUCAUCAGAAACAUCAAACAGAUUCUUCCGUUCUUAUAGACCGCCAAUUGGAUUAUUCGCAGUUGCCAUUGAUUGAACGAAAAUUAUUGGAAAGCGAGAGGAGAUAUAAACCAAUUAGUAACAAGAAACCCCAUAAAAAUCACAAAAUGCGGCUGAACAUCAGACUUAUCCGCAUUCGUGACAAAUUAGUGUUAUGUCUGAGCGCGCUCGCCAUCGUGUUCACGUUGUUGCUGGUAAUGGAUUUGCAAAUGGACCUUGGCUACAGCGGCCACCAUUUGAAUCCCAGCCAUGCGCGAGUCCGCAUCGGCGAUCCUCCGGACGCCGAUACCGUGUACAAUAAUUUCCGUCGGAGAUUUCUUCAACGAGGUAACAGCAGUCGCGAACAGGCUAAUAGCGAGGUAACGCCUACCGUUGAAAAAUCAAGGAAAAACGAUGUAACGCCGGUGUCGUCGACAAUGAGAAAGCACGACGAUUUCACGGAUUUGGUGGACUUGGUGGUGAACGGGUAUGCGGUGAACGUUGACGAAGGAGUGGCAAGAAUUAGCGGAGAGGACCGGGAAUACAAUCCGACGAUCGGAGAACUGAGAAAGGUGGCGUUAAGAAAAAAUAGCACGACCUUGGAGAAAUUCCACCUACAAAUCUCAAGAUUGGAGUUAUAUUCUGAAGACUCGAAAUACGUGGACCAAUUGCUUCACGAGAUGGCGACAAAGCCGAUUCUUCAUGUUGUUCAAAAAGACGGUGGCACGCAAUUAAAACUGAUCAUUGAUUAUGGCGACAACAUGCAGGCAUUGUUUAAACCGAUGCGGUUUCCGCGAGAACAACAGACUUUACCCAACCACUUCUACUUCACAGAUUUCGAGAGGCAUACUGCUGAAAUUGCCUCGUUUCAUCUAGACAGGCUUUUGGGGUUUCGCAGGGCGAUGCCGGUGAGCGGUCGGACUCUCAACGUUACAACCGAAAUUUACCAGAUUGCCGACGGUGAGCUGCUUAAAACCUUCUUCGUGAGUCCGGCCGGCAACCUGUGCUUCCAUGGCAAAUGUAGUUACUAUUGCGAUACGGCACACGCAGUUUGCGGCAGCCCCGACACCCUGGAGGGUAGCUUCGCCGCCUUUCUGCCAGAUAAGGCUUUCGCAGCUAGGAAAGCCUGGCGGCAUCCUUGGCGCAGAAGUUAUCACAAACGAAAGAAGGCCCAGUGGGAGCAUGAUUCCGAUUACUGCUCUCUGGUAAGAGAAAUUCCACCGUAUGACGAAGGUCGACGAUUGCUCGAUCUAAUGGACAUGGCAGUCUUCGACUUUUUAACGGGCAACAUGGACCGCCAUCAUUACGAGACGUUUAGAAUUUUUGGAAACGAUAGUUUUACGUUGCAUCUGGACCACGGAAGAGGCUUCGGAAAACCCUUCCAUGACGAGACGUCUAUUCUAGCUCCUCUCUUACAAUGCUGUAUCGUCAGGCAGACUACUUUAAGUACUCUACUCCGCUUCCAUAAUGGGCCCACGCGGCUCAGCGCUGCUAUGCGGCAGAGUAUGGCAAGAGAUCCUGUGGCUCCCGUUUUAUGGGAACCCCAUUUAGACGCCCUAGACCGGCGAAUAAGCAUUGUUCUGCAGGCCGUCCGCGACUGCAUUGCUCGCGAAAACUCUUCGCAACAGGUCGUCCACAGCGAUAAAAUUGAUUCGAAGUUAUAGCCUUUGAUCGCGGUCUAGAAUAAAUAAUCGUGAUGUAAAAAGAUGUAAAAAGAGAUCUCUCCUCCUCUUUCCCUCCUUUUACCCAUGUUUCCUUUCUCUUUUUUUCUCUCAAAUACCUUUAUAUUAAAAUUUUUAAUCUUUACAUUAAAAUAUGCUGAUUUAGUUCCGAGAAGAUAUUAAAAGUAAGGUAUCUUUUCUUUUUCUUGUUACUGUCCAUCUUCAUAAUUUUUCUUUUCGUUAAUGUAGAUAAAUAAAA